UUGACAAUUGAAGAGACCCUAGAGAUUCCCAUGUUUACCUUUUUUUAUAUUUAAAUUUUUUUUAAUUGUUUGUAUAUUCUGUCCUGUAUAUGCCUUUAAUAAUAAAUAAUUAAGAAACAGCUAGAAAUGGAAGUGGUUAAUGCUAAUCUAGCUAGUCUAUGUAAUCAUGAAGUAAUGCAACAUCUACAAACUAUUAAAGAUAGUAAAAAAAAGCAAAAAGGGCAACUUGCAACAAUCACUUAUGAGACUUUAAGGUACCUGGAGGAAAGUCCCUGUAAAGAUGAAACCCCUGAAAGUAUAACAAAAUGUAUAAAAGCUUUAGAACCGUUUAAUUUAAAUAAAAAUGAGAAACUUAUGCUCGUUAAUACACCUCCAAGAACCCCAUUGGAAAUUCAGUUGAUAAUUGAAGAAAGUGAAGAGCGUUUAACAGAAGAUCAAGUGCAACAAAUUCUAGACAUCCUUGCUGAACAUUUUCCACAUAUAGCAAAGUCCAAAGGUGCCCAAGAAGAAGGUGAGGACGAGGAAGAGGAAACUCAAUAAAUAACAUGUCACUUAUUAACAAAUCAUCUUUAUUAGCUUGUAUGUUCCAGAAUAUAUUUUUUACAAUAAAUAAUGUUAAAUCUA